AUGGAUGCAAUUGGGCUAAUUAAACCUCGCUCAUCUGCUCAACAUGAGUAUACUCUGACAGCCACAGAUUACUUUACAAAGUGGAUUGAGGUCCAGGCCUUGAAAAGUUUAAAUGCAAGGGCGGUAAUAUUGUUAUUGGAAGAGAAAAUCUUUACAAGAUAUGGCAUUCCUGAAUCCAUAAAUGUGGAUCAAGCAACCAUGUUUAUAGGACAUGAGUUCAAUUCCUAUCUCAAGGAAUUCGAGAUCCAAAAGAUUCAUUCAACGCCUUAUUUAGCAACAUCAAAGAGAGAUGCAAUAGGAACUACUCCUUACCAACUAGCGCAUGGACAUGAACCUGUUGUACCAGCAGAGCUAAGCGCUAAGUGUAACAAGAUAGCUAAACAAAUCGGUGUAAGCCAGGAAGACUAUCAGCAAUCUAUGUCCAUUAAAUUGAUGGACAUUAAGGGUGAAAGACUCCAAGCGCUAGCUAAAAUCGAAGCUCAGAAAAGACAAGUAGCAAAAUCUUAUAACAAAAAGGUGAAACAUAAAAUCUUUUUGGAAGGGAUUUAG